AUGCCAGAACAGUUGCCUUACGCCGCUGCAGUUAAUGUCCCACUCAUCAAGUCACCCAGUCUCAGAGUUCCCCAAAGAGUUCAACUUCCACCCGACAUACAUCCCUUACCAGAUUCAGUAACUCCAUAUUUCGUCUACCCCUUCACACUGGAACCCCAUAUAAUCACACUCGAGUCCUCACGCCGAAGCACAAUAGCCGCACACACUGCCCGCCGAGAAGAAUAUCUCCGGUCACGGGAAAGUGAGAAGGAGAGACGAAAGCGUGACGCAUUGCGAAAGAUCGCGCCUGGCUUCGAACCGAGCGGGAACGUUCUCGUGCCGACUAAAAGCGUUUCUAGCGGAGGGAACGAAGAGGGGAAAACACAUGAACGAACGAGAUCGGUUAUGGAUGAUUUGGUGGAUCAACUGGCAGCGCUUGACUCUGCCUCCACAGGGCCGUCUCAACAUCCAUCGUAA